ACUUACAGGGAGGAAGCAAGAAACUUGACAACCUCGUCGUUUUGCUUCUUCUGCUGCUGCUCUGUUCGCUGUGGGCUUUUGUUACUGUCUUUCACUCUGUUCGAGAUUUGUCAUAACAAUAACAACAAACACCAUAUUAAUAUUAAUAUACCCAAAAACAUUAAACUUUUCUUUUUUGCAGAAGCUUGCAUUCUGCUAAGUUUCCCGCUUCUUCGAUUAUUGCCUUAUUCUCUUUCUCGUUUUGAGGGAAAGUUGAAUAACAGAUGAAUAGCAGAGCACGCACCACUCUUCACUCAAUGAAACCUCCUUUAAAUGAUGCCAAAAGGAAGAUGGAAACUGGAGGGAGCAGAACAAUGGGUGGCCACAAAAAUGGGCGUCGAUCCAAUCGAGAAAGGAAAAUGGCUUUGAUUCAAGAUGUAGAUAAGUUGAAGAGAAAGCUCAGACAUGAAGAGAAUGUUCACAGGGCUUUAGAAAGAGCAUUCACAAGACCCUUGGGAUCUCUACCUCGUCUUCCUCCUUAUCUUCCUCCAUAUACAUUGGAGCUUUUAGCUGAAGUGGCAGUGUUGGAGGAGGAGGUGGUUAGGCUUGAAGAACAGGUUGUGAAUUUUCGGCAAGGUUUAUAUCAGGAAGCUGUGUACAUUUCCUCCAAGAGGAAUGCAGAGAAUUUGAAUGACCCUAAUGACCAAAAUGCAAUCAGAAGCUCCAAGCAUCAGAGAUCAAAAUCUUUCUCUCAAAGUGAGUUCAAUUCAGCUAUUAUGGGAAGGACUCAGCCUUCUCUUGCCAGAAGUGCUUCCAGCAGAAAGCUAUUGUUCUCAGCUGAUACUGUCGCUGAUCACACCGCAAAGCUAGUCCAAGGGAAACAAUUGCAUUUGCACAGAAAACAAGAUUCAUGCUCAUCUAUUCCAGAAGAUGGAAGGGGAAAAGAGAAUAGAUUAUUUAGUAACUUUGUGAAGGAUAAGCAAUCACCAGAGAAGAAAACUACCAAAGUCAUUACUUCAGUAAAGAAAUCUCCACUCAAACAAGAAUCACCUAACAAGUGCAUGGAUCACUUGAAGUUACAGUUGGACUGGAGAUUAGUAGAUCAUGAAAGGGCUCAAAGUUCCUCAAGUUCAUCUGAUGAAAGAGUAUCAGAAUUUGAUAGCACACCCAAUAGAGUUUCAGAGGAUAUUGUCAAAUGCUUGUGUAGCAUAGUUGUGAGAAUUGGUUCAUCCAAGGACAAACUUGGGGAACCAAAAACGCCUUCCCGUUCUGCAUCAGCUUUCAAUCAAUGCAACAAAGAAAAGGAUCAGUUGUGCGAUCCUUAUGGUAUCUGUUCAGAGUCCAAAACAAGAGAAAUUGGUCCAUACAAUAAUUUAUUGGAAGUUAAAGCCUCCACAAUUGAUCUCAACCGAACAACAAAUGCAGUAAUUUUGAUCCACAGACUAAAGUUUCUACUUGGAAAAAUGGCCUCUCUAAACUUGAAGGGUCUUACCCAUCAGGAAAAACUUGCAUUCUGGAUUAACACUUACAAUUCCUGCAUGAUGAAUGCAUAUUUAGAGCACGGCAUACCUGAGAGUCCAGAAAUGGUUGUAGCACUAAUGCAGAAGGCAACAAUAGUAGUGGGGGGCCAGCUGCUCAAUGCAAUUACGAUAGAACAUUUUAUCUUGAGACUGCCUUAUCACCUCAAGUUUACCUGUCCAAAAGCUGCAAAAAAUGAAGAGGUGAAAGCUAGGAGCAUAUUCGGGCUGGAAUGGUCUGAACCCUUAGUAACAUUUGCACUUUCCUGUGGAAGCUGGUCUUCGCCUGCAGUGAGGGUGUAUACUGCAUCACAAGUUGAUGAAGAGUUAGAAGCAGCAAAGAGAGAUUAUUUACAGGCUUCGGUUGGCAUUACAAAAACAAACAAGUUAAUAAUCCCAAAGUUGCUGGACUGGUAUUUACUGGACUUUGCAAAGGACUUGGAUUCUUUAUUGGAUUGGGUGUGUCUCCAACUACCCGAUGAAACAAGAAGCCAAGCAGUUGAAUGCCUUGAAAGAAGGGGAAGAGAAUCUCUCUCACAUAUUGUACAAAUGAUGCCCUAUGAUUUCAGUUUCAGGUUGCUUUUGCAUCAGUAAGUUACUGAGAGGUGUUGUUUUAUCACUCAAACCAUCAGUCUCCUCAACUUUGGUGUG